GGAGGUGGCGGCGGCUCCUGUGCAUCGGCGCCUGGGCUGAAGCACCCGAGAGGAAUAGGCGCAGGCUCACAUUAGCACCGCUGGAGCCGAGUUUUCCUUCGGGAAUUCGCCGCACAACUGUUGGGAAAAGUGGCUGUGCCCGGGGAGCGACUGAGCGCAAGGUAAUUCUCUAAUGGACCAAUGAAAGCCAACGAUGACAAGUUGUGGUCGACAGUCCCUGAAUGUGCUGAUGGUUCUGCUCUCGUUACUCUUGUCAGCAGUGUUGUCUGCACAUUUUCGGGUCUGCGAGCCGUACACCGACUACAAAGGUCGCUACCACUUCGGGUUUCACUGCCCCCGUCUCUCUGACAAUAAAUCCUACAUCUUUUGCUGUCACCAUAACAACACAGUGUUUAAAUACUGCUGCAAUGAGACAGAAUUCCAAACUGUCAUGCAGAUGAACUUAACGGGGAGUGCAGAUGGAUACAUGCAUAACAACUACAGCGCCCUGUUGGGAGUGUGGAUCUAUGGCUUUUUUGUGGUGAUCCUGCUCAUCCUGGACCUUUUAUAUUACUCCUCAAUGAACUAUGACAUUUGCAAGUUUUACCUGGCACGGUGGGGGAUCCAGGGGAAGUGGAUGACCCAGGGACAGAGCCGAUGGAUUAACCCUGCUCAGGACCCAAGGCAGGCUCAGGCACAGCCUCAGCCAGAGACUCAGCCCCAGCCUCAGACAUCACAGACAGUACACACUCUAAAAGGAGAUGCUUUAAGCCCACCCCUGAUGUCUUUUCAGAGUUCAUCUGCCUGAAAAUCAUAUUGACGUGCCUCAAGAUGGGAGAGGUAGGACCAGACUUCAAGGAGCAGCUUUCAAGAAAACCAACUGAAUUCCAAGAGGAGGAAAAAUUAGGGAUAAGCAGGAGAGGGAAAGACUACAUGAGGAAGAUGGAGGAAGUCACCUGAAGACAAACAUCAUUCAGACAAUUUCUGUGAGGAAAUGAUACGGAAAGAGUCUCCAGGAGAAAGCAGUCUGUAAGCAAUAUUUUAGUUCUAGACCAACAAUGUUAUCUCUGAAAGAAAGCACCAUAUUUGAGAAAAUGCUGAAUAAGAAGAACAUUAAGUUGCUCUGGCAAAUCCACACAAAGGUGGAAAAAGAUCACAAGACAAACCUGUGGUAGAUAACUUUUCUUUGCCUCCCCAUCCAUCUAUUGCCAUUUGAGCCUAAUCUAAGUGUCAGAAUACUGAAUGUGAGUUUUUCCAAAGUUCUCUGGUGAGCAUUUUGUCACAGUAGGGUAGAUGCUGGCAAUCCAUAUCACUGUUAACCAUAUUUACCAUGUGCAUUGCAAGGUAAGCAAAGCCCUUUUUACUGAGUCCAGCUGCAGGGUAGCAGUUGUUUUAACCUUAAUGCACAUUUUAAGAUGAUUGGCAAUGAUUCUGCUAAGACAUCAAGCAGCUGAGCACAUCUUAAGUUCACACACCAUCUUCAAGAGGGGAGCUUUAUUAGGAAGCAACACAGGCACUCAAUUCCACCCCCACACUCCUUGAAGAUGAAAAAGAAACAAACAAACAAAAAAAGUUGACCAACUGUGUAUUUCAAAAGCAAUAAUACCAUUUUCCCUCUGCUUUACAAGACAAUAGUCCAACUCCCUCAGUUACUGACUGGCUUCAGAGUUUACACCUCACAAAUCCAAGAAUUCAUUCGUAAGCCAGAAGGACAAUGAUGUUACCACAGAAGUACUUGGUCACCAGGUUGCAAUGGGUUGACUUAACUUUCCACAGGACAGAGUUAUUUUAAAAUUCUCCAGUAUCAACUACAUGAGCAAACUCUGUGAAGUUCAAUUAUUUAAGAGGUAUACAUGGAGAACCUGGCAGUGGCAACCAAACAGAGGAGUUUCAUCUGGAAAUCAUAACACAAAGCCCUUAUAAUGCCAAAUUAAUCCUUCAGUCCUAAUAUUUUGCCCUGUAAGUCUGAAUAACUUCAAAAUGACCAUACAUUCUGCUGUACAACCAACACAAGGAACACCUGGUCCAUGCAGAAUCAAAUUUUUCUUUUGGACCUCUUUGACUGAGUGAAUUUUAUUCUCCUGUUGAACUUAAAAAGGGACACUAUUCUGAGUUACCUGAACUAAUUCAUGGCUACUGGAAUGCAGGAUGAUACAUGACUAAAACCAGACAGGAAUAAAUAGUGUUGGAGAACCCAACAAGGCUGGAGACCAUCAGAGUGCUCAGCCUUCAAAAUCUGAGCAGGAUACCAAUAUGCACAAGCCCCUUUUCUUUACAAACCAAGUACUAAACCUGCCUGGUACCACUGAGUAAGGACAGGCAACAGCUCAGAGAAAGAAUUCAAAUGCCACAGGCAGGAGUGCCACCCUGGGGGGCUUUAGACUCCAUCCUGUCCCAGCUAAGCUUGAUGCCUGGCCCAUUCUCACCCAUCACAGAAGCUCCUGAGUAAAUAACUUCCCUUGUAGAGCCCCAGAGGAGCUGCCACAGUGCAGCUGGGCUGUUUGACACUGUGAGUGACACAGUACUUCAAAUAAAACAGGGCCAGUAUUUUUUUAGACCUUGAUUCACACUAAACCUCAGAGAUUAUUCUAGUUUUUCAAAAAGAAUAUGUCAUCAGAGCACUGCAAACUUUUCCAAAAAGAAUAUGUCAUGAGGGCACUGUGGAACCAUCCAAAGCACUUCAGCUGGGAGCAGAAAAGACCCUCAGCAAAGUAGCUUGCAGAUCCUGGCAGACAGUCCAAACUGCUCUCUCCCUGAGGAUGAGGAGUUCUGCAGGGAAAGGGUCUGUGCUCUUGGGCUGGGAGAGCUGAUCCUGAUGAGAUGGAAGGUGGUGCUCUUAGUGCCAACUCACACAGAAAGCAAAGGAAACCACAGAGCUGGGGGCAAUGCUAUCCAUGGCUCUGCCAACAUCACACCUUCUCCACAUUCCCUCAUUGUCUCCAAGAUCCACAACCCCCGCAGACACCCAAAAAAGUGCAUAUCUACACCCAAAAGGUGCAUGUCUACAUGCAUGUCUGCAGACUCACCAAGGCACUUUGCGGUAACUCUUUGGCUCCUUUUCCCUUUUGCCAGCACCUACUUCCAUCAUGAGGUGACGACUGCCACAGAGAGCUUUGUAAAAAGCUUAUGUUCAUGGAGGAAUUUGUAUUAGAUACUGGUUUGUGUGACUUACUGUAUUUUGUAAGGGUUUUUUUCCCUCUGGGAAUUGUGCGUUAUAACUGAGCAGUUUUAUGCUUUCCUUCUAGUACACGUAUACCUUGUAAUGGAUGUGCUUUUUGUUUGUUUGGUUUCUUUUAUGCUCUACACACAGAGCCAGUUAAUAGAAAGCAGAUACUCUCUGGCUGGAAUUCUGAUUUUGCCUACCAGUUAAUUUAUGGGUAAACCCCUGUUGUAGCUGGUGAGCUGCUGUUCACCAAGUGUGUUGUUAGAAUCCUCUGAGAGUCUCUCUGUUCUAGCAGAAUAUAAGAUCCUGAAUAAGACUAAUGCUAGCUGGGCCUUAAACUCCAAGGAAAUAGUGCACUUCAUGUGUUUCCCUACCAGCCCUUCUCCCUCAGUGUUUGGGACACUGUGGAAGAGCACUGGCUACACAAACAGUCACCUCAACAUCUCGGCCAUCUCUGUAGCUGGGCUCUGAUAUCUCCCUGCUUUUACUUGACCAAAAUCAUGGUGAACCAGAUAAACUGCAAUGAACUUUUCACUUUUUCCUGCAGAGACUGGUUCAAACAUAACUUUUCUCUGUAAGAAACAAUCUGGACUAAAAUAGAUAUAUUUUCCUCUGUGUCCAUCCUGCUCUAGUUGGAAAAAUAAGGGAUCUAAAAUUAACAUUUACAGUCUAUGUUACAAUGGCAGCUCUCUGUCUCAGUGGUUAUUAAUGACCUUCAUGCUCCAGAAACCUCCUUCCUUGUCCAACUCAUUUUCUCUCCUUAGUUUUACUGAGAAUUCAUUGUCCAACUUCUCAAUAAUUGCUGUGUAUAACGUAGGACAUAAAAAGAUAAGUUAUAAAGCUUGUGCAGGACUUGAUGUUGUAAUUAACCAUCUUUUGUGCCUGGUUAUCAAUUUUACAAAAACAGAGUGAAAAUAAUCUGGCCUCUCAAUGUCUACUUCAGCAUAUUGUAGCAGCUCUUUUAGAUAACUGUUUUUUAUAGUUUUACUGUAAUUUCUGUAUGAGGACUGUCCACUUGAACAAGCAACAGGUCAAAAUGGUUUUGUAAAGUCAGUUCUAUUUCACCACCAGUGAUGGUGCAUGAAAGGUAAAGCAGCAAAAACAAAACCUCAGCCACUCACCAGGAAGAAACAUCUUUUCUCAGCCUCAAAAAAUUCUCUUCUGUGAGACAAGCAUUUCUUCUAGUCCUCCUUUUACAAAAGUAGUAAAUUACUAAGAAUAUAUACAGUACAAUAGUCUAUUUUAAUAGUCAGCAGACAAAUUUUAGGCUAAUUAAGCUAACUAGAAAUUCUAGGGUUGCAGUGAUUUCUCUUUAUUAAUACAAUGACAAUAAUACUGUUUACAUAACACUUGAUGUUUGAAAUCAAUACGUGCCAGUGUCCAGUGAUUUGCUAACCUAGUUUUGGAUCUAAUCCUGUCCUAUAUUUUGCAGCAUUCUCUGACUUCAUAUUAUGAAUCAUGUUGUCUUUCUAAAGUGAUUGCCAAGUAAACCAAAAAUGUGUUUUA